AUGGCAAGUAUCAUAAGUGGGUUGGUCAAUUUUGGAAUUCCUCUUGUUAAGAAUCUUGUGAAGUCGUUUGCGGGAGCGUUAGGCGAGGAGGAUUCUCUUGAAGGACAAUUUGUACGGUCGCAGGCUCUUGGAUCUUCGAAUAGCCACAGUGCUCUCUACUCGUCACAAGUAGCAAAAUUUUAUAGCACACCAUUCAAAGAUAUUGAUGAGUUCAAUGGAAUCCAAGACGAAGCAGUAAAGCAGUGGAUGAAUGAAAUGACUUCAAAGCAACUUGACUUUGCACUUCCGAUGAUCAAAAACAUGUUCCCAUACACGUUUACUGUCACAAGACAAUACAAAUAUAUGUACUGUCCUGGUGGAACAAAAGAUGUCGAACAAAUGGACAAUAUUCAGUACUUUGGCCCAGAAGAUGUCCCACAGUGCGUCAUAGAUGGGUCAUUCAUCAAAGAUCUUGUCGAAAAGAAGCUUUCAAAACAUGCGUAUUGCUUUGUCCCUAUAAUAACAAUGAAGACGUCACAAGGAAGUGAUCCCUACUCAUUCACCAAUGUAAUAUGGUCAGACCACGCAUUUAAUGGAACAAAACACAGUGUUGAAGACCUCCUGAAGAUCAAUAACAUCACAAACACAAGCAACAAUGGGCAGACAAAUUAUGCAUCUCUCUGGCCAAUCCCACAAUUCUUUAAGAAUGAUGGGAAACAAUUUGUUGGUCAACCACUCUGUCCAGCUUCAUUCCUUCUCCGAUGUGAUACACUCAAAGAAUACACUGGAAAUUAUGAAAAAGAGGAUACAGUUCAUUUUGGAUC